AUGGAGAACCAGGACAUUGAGGACCAUCCGGAACACCGGGAAUGUCUUUGGCCUCAUGAUGCGCCCGGUGGAGGUCAACAAGGACCAAAGGGUAGUGUGGGUUUGAAAUGGGGCCGAGUGGGACCACAAGGACCAGCAGGAGAUGAAGGGACAACCAGGGGGUGUGGGAAUGCCUGGCUCAUGCAGGAAGUUAUGGGACAGCAAGGUGCUGAUGGAAUUUGCCGGGGAAAGCGGCUGGUUUGCCUGGAAAAGACGGCC